GGCCGAGCAGUCGGUGACAGCCCCGAGGGUCCCCGCCCCGCGCCCAUGGCCGAGCCGGACCCCUCUGACCCUGUGGAGACCCAGGCAGGGAAGGUGCAGGAGGCCCAGCCCCUGGAAGAGACAGGCAUCCAACUUGGUCCUUGAACUCAAGGAUUUCAUGGACAAGUGACUGAAAUUGAUCCUACAGGGACUCAGAUUCAGACACUGAGGAAGGAGCGGCUGGUGGAGAAGCAGAGAUGGACUUCCUGCGGAAUUUCUUCUCCCAGACACUGGGCCUGGGCACCCAGAAGGAGCGUCUGCUGGACAACCUAACCCUGGAAGGGGUGGCCCACUACAUGCUGAGUGAGCGCUGUCGCAGGGUCAUCUGUUUGGUGGGAGCUGGAAUUUCCACGUCUGCGGGCAUCCCCGACUUCCGCUCCCCAUCCACGGGCCUCUAUGCCAACCUGCAGAAGUAUCAUCUUCCCUACCCAGAGGCCAUCUUUGAGAUUGGCUAUUUCAAGAAACAUCCGGAGCCCUUCUUUGCCCUGGCCAAGGAGCUCUAUCCCGGGCAAUUCAAGCCCACCGUGUGUCACUACUUCAUCCGCCUGCUGAAGGAGAAGGGGCUGCUGCUGCGCUGCUACACGCAGAACAUCGACACCCUGGAGCGAGUGGCAGGGCUGGAGCCCGAGGACCUGGUGGAGGCCCACGGCACCUUCCACACGUCGCACUGCGUCAGCCCCCUCUGCCGGCAGGAGUACCCGCUCAGCUGGAUGAAAGAGAAGAUCUUCUCCGAGGUGACUCCCAAGUGCGAGAAGUGUCAGAGUGUGGUGAAGCCUGACAUCGUAUUCUUCGGCGAGAACCUGCCACCGCGUUUCUUCUCCUGCAUUCAGUCAGACUUCCGGAAGGUGGACCUGCUCGUCAUCAUGGGCACCUCCCUGCAAGUACAGCCCUUCGCGUCCCUCAUCAGCAAGGCACCCCUCUCCACCCCACGCCUGCUCAUCAACAAGGAGAAAACUGGCCAGACUGACCCCUUCCUGGGCAUGAUGAUGGGCCUCGGAGGAGGCAUGGACUUCGACUCCAAGAAGGCCUAUAGGGAUGUGGCCUGGCUGGGUGACUGUGACCAGGGCUGCCUGGCCCUUGCUGACCUCCUCGGAUGGAAGAAGGAGCUGGAGGACCUUGUCCGGAAGGAGCAUGCCAGCAUUGAUGCGCAGUCGGGGUCCAGGAGCCCCAACCCCACCACUGCAGCUGCCCCCAGGAAGUCCCCACCUCCCCCCAAGGAGGAGGUCAGGACCGCGGAGGGGGAGAAACCUCAGAAACUCUGAGUCUCCCGGGCAGGACACUCAGCUCCUUUGGAACAGCUGAGCCCCAACUAGCCCUGACCCCCCCUAACUUGCAGCUCUUGUCUGGGGAGCUCAGAGCAUUCCCUCAAUCCCAUAACCACUCACUCCUAAACCUGGAGUCCCAGCCCCCCUGACCCUGGCAAAUCUCUAACAUCCCUGGGCUGAGGUGUGGGCAGCCUGUCUAACAGCCAAGCCUCUAACCACCCCCGGGGGCCAGGGCCAACCUCCCCUAAUCUCUAAUUGCUCCCCGAGGAGCAGGGGGCUUCUCCAAAUCUCUAACUGUCCUAGGACACGGUCCCAGGGCCUCCAUCCUCUCAACUGAUCCCAGGGGCCUGUGGCCAGGUAGACCAGAUUUAACCUACCCUGGGUGGGGGAGGGGCCCGCCAAACAUAACUCAUCAAAUGGGGGGCCUUCCACCUCUCUGCCUCCAACUCCCAAAGUGGGUGCUGGGCCGCCUUCACUCAGGACCCAAUUUCCAUACGGAUGAUGUUGCUUAUUGGAGACAAAUUAAAAACAAAAAACUAACCAUCA